UUCACACCACUCAUUCUCUUCACACCCCCCACCCCUCUCAACUUAUACAUACAUACAUAUAUAUAUAUAGAGAGAGAGAGAGAUACAGUAUUGUGCAGUUAUCUUCCUUCUUCUUCGAGAGUGCGAGAAUGGCGGCACUCGGUUGGGAAGCGUAGCCGGCGGAUGGCCGUCUGUGUUUCCGCGGCCAAUGCUCGUGGCUCGCCGUCGCCGCUGAUUGCGCUGCUUAAUCCGCCAUGUCCGACGAUUCCGCCGCUGGCUUCGGAUUAGCCGAAGAAAGCUCCAGAUCCGACGCCGGAGGCUUGCGUACUCAUUUUCCUCUUCCUCCUCCUCGGCGGUGUUCGUUAUCCGAUGAGGCGGCGUUCGUCGCUCGGAUGUUGGAUUUGGAGGCUCAGUACAUGCCGCACCCCGAUUACCUUGGUUUGUGCGACAAUCGCGGCGUUCAGAUGACUUCUCGCCAGGACUCUAUCAAUUCGAUCCUCAAGGUUCAUGCGCACUUUCAAUUCAAGCCGGUGACUGCUUUCCUCUCCAUCAAUUACUUCGAUCGAUUUCUCUCUGCUUAUACGCUUCCGGAAACAGGAUGGCCGUUUCAGCUUCUAUCCAUGACUUGUUUGUCUCUGGCUGCGAAAAUGGAAGAACUGUACGUUCCUUGCCUCUUGGACCUGCAAAUGCUCGAGACGGCGUAUGUUUUCGAGCCUAAAACAAUCCAGAGAAUGGAGCUCUUAGUUUUGACAACUCUCAAGUGGAGACUCCGCUCCGUCACUCCUUUCGACUACCUCCAUCACUUCCUCACCAAGCUCCCUUCCUCCUCCUCAUCCUGCUCCUCUUCCUCCAAAUCCUAUUCAGAUUCAUCUCACCGCUCUCUGGCAUCGGACAUUAUCCUCAACACCGCACGCGUGAUAGAUUUUCUCAAGUUUCCUCCGUCGGUAAUCGCAGCGGCCGCCGUGAUAUCCGCCGCCGGCGCCGGAGAGGAUAUCAAUCUGCUCGAUGCAAUCGAUGGCAGAGUGGACAGAGAAAUGGUAAGAAGCUGUCAUCAACUAAUGGAGGAAUACCUGCUGGACACGUGUCCCUCUGAAGGUCUUAAAGUCAUGAGCAUUGAGCCGCUCGCGCCACCGAGUCCCAGCGGCGUACUUGACGCUGCCACAUGUGCCAGCUGUGACACCCAUUCCGAAAAUCCGGCCACCACCCUACCCGGAUCCGGCGACUCCCAGCCGGAAAACAAGCGGCGGAGACUUUCAUCGCCGCCGUCGCCGCCACCGCCAUAAGAGUAAAAUAUUCUUCUCUCUCUCUUUUCCCGCCAAAAAAAAUAUACAGAUUCCUUUUUUAUUUUUUGCCUUAAAAUUUUGUGUUUAGGGUAAAAAAUUUUAAGGGAGGUGGAAAUUUUGUUUCAAAACAUGCUUUAAUUCUUCCAUGGUUGCCCUGUGAAAAAAAAAAAAAAAAGAAAAAGAAGUACUAUUUAUUAGAUUUAUUAAUUAACGGAUCCAUUUUGGAUAGUUAAUGACUGACUU